AUGAGCCGCGUCCUCGUGCUUGGCAGCGCCCAAGUGGGCAAGAAGCAUAUCGUCGAGGCCGUCGUCGCCGCAGGCGGAGCGCAGGAUGCUGCCGAGUGGGCCAAGGCCGAUGACCACGCCGUGCUUGCGCACACGCUCGUGACCAAGUACUACUCGGCGCCGAUCGCGUUCCACGUGCCCGAAGCGGCGCACGACGUACCGGAGGACCUUUCGCCGUACGAAGGCCUGCUGCUUGUGUGGGACGCGACGCAGAAGGCCUCGUGGAGCCAUGCGCAGUCGGUGCUGGUCGCGGUCGCCAACCGCGCAUCGCCCGACAUGGUGCUCGAGAACAUGAACGACUGCUGCUUGGAGCAUGGCUUUGAGCACAUCGCUGUAAGUCGCGGGGCGUCGAGCGCGGCUGCAGGAAGCGAAACCUCUGGCAUCGAUCGUCUCGUCGAAGCGCUCCAGUGCAACAUGUGGACGUCGAUGGAGAUGCGCGACGGCGUGCGCCACCCGACGGCCGAGUCGGCCCCUGCAGCAGCACCAAAGGCGCCCACGACGCCGCACCCGACGCCCGCCUCGACGCCGUCGCUGCUCGAGCAGGACGAAGGUUUUGAAGCGCUUUUGCAGGAGGUGCUCAGCAUCCGCGAAGACGUCAACUUGCAGCGCCUCACGGACGACGAGCGCCGAGCGCGUGCCGCCGACAUGGCCAUGAAGCUCAUGAGUCUCUUGGGCGACAACAGCGACGAUGAUGAGAGCAGCGACGACGAGUAG